UGAACGACCAAGCCAAAAUGAAAAAAGAAAAGAGAAAAGUGUCAAAAGAGGAGGAAAUCGCUUUGAGCCAUAUGCUAAUCCUGCUAAAAGAUACCGAGCUUUUAUUACAAAUAUUCCAUUUGAUGUGAAGUGGCAGUCUCUGAAAGACCUGGUCAAAGAGAAAGUUGGUGAGGUAACAUACGUGGAGCUCUUAAUGGACGCUGAAGGAAAGUCAAGGGGAUGCGCUGUUGUUGAAUUCAAGAUGGAAGAAAGCAUGAAAAAGGCUGCAGAGGUUUUGAACAAGCAUAGUCUUGGUGGAAGACCAUUGAAAGUGAAAGAAGAUCCGGAUGGUGAGCAUGCCAGGAGAGCAAUGCAGAAGGUCAUGGCAGCAGUUGGUGGAAUGGGUAUUGGUCCAGGCCCGGGCGGCCCCGGCAUGAUCAAUAUCCCGCCUAGUAUACUCAACAAUCCCAACAUACCCAAUGAGAUCAUUCAUGCCUUACAGGCAGGGAGACUUGGAAGCACUGUCUUUGUUGCAAAUUUGGAUUACAAGGUUGGUUGGAAGAAACUGAAAGAAGUAUUCAGCAUGGCUGGUGUUGUGGUUCGGGCAGACAUACUAGAAGAUAAAGACGGCAAAAGUCGUGGGAUCGGCACUGUCACUUUUGAGCAAGCUAUAGAGGCUGUUCAGGCUAUAUCGAUGUUUAAUGGGCAGCUGCUGUUUGACAGACCGAUGCACGUAAAAAUGGAUGAACGAGCCUUUCCCAAAGGAGACUUCUUUCCUCCAGAGCGACCCCAACAACUUCCUCAUGGUCUUGGUGGUAUUGGCAUGGGAUUAGGACCUGGAGGUCAACCUAUUGAUGCAAAUCAUUUAAACAAAGGCAUGGGAAUGGGCAACAUGGGACCUGGAGGAAUGGGAAUGGAAGGCAUGGGCUUUGGAAUGAAUAAAAUGGGAGGAAUGGAAGGUCCUUUUGGUGGCAUGGAAAACAUUGGUCGCUUCCCAGCUGGAAUGAACAUGGGCAGAAUGAGUGAGAUGGAUCGUGCCAUGGGUGGAGGAUUUGAAAGAGAAUUUGGAAGAAAUGAAAUGGGAAUGUCUCGUAGUUUUGGAGAGACCUUGGAGAGAGGAAUAGGUGGUGGAAAUGCCAGCAUUCCUGGGAUUGAGAGGAUGGCACCUGGCAUUGAUCGUAUGGGCUCGGGAAUAGAAAGAAUACCUUCCGGGAUGGGGCAUGGGAUGGAGAGAGUAGGGUCAGAAAUAGACAGGAUGGGUCUUGUUUUAGAUCGUAUGAGCUCCAACGUGGAGCGAAUGGGUUCAGGAAUUGACCGAAUGGCCCCUCUGGGCAUAGAUCACAUUGCUCCUAACAUUGAGAGGAUGGGCCCAGCUAUUGAGAGAAUGGGGUCUGGCAUCGAAAGAAUGGGUUCUGGCAUAGGCUUUGGUAUCGAGAGAAUGGGUGCUGCCAUUGACCGCGUUGGCACCACUAUGGACAGAAUGGGAUCAGGCGUAGAACGUAUGGGUUCUGGCAUGGAUAGAAUGGGUAUAGGUAUGGAGCGUAUGGUCCCUGCUGGAAUGGGAACUGGAAUGGGUCAGGUGAUAGAGAGAAUGCCAGCUGGUUUGGAUCGCAUAGGUGCCACUCCUAUGGAAAGAAUAGGAAUAGAUCGCAUGGGUGCUGCUAGCAUGGAGAGAAUGGGCUUGGAGCGCAUUGGAGCCACUAAUAUGGAAAGAAUGGGUCCUGCUAUGGGACAGGGCAUGGGAGCAGGCAUAGAUCGAAUGGGACUUGCAAUGGGAAGCAAUUUUGAAAGAACAAUGGACAUGGAACGUGGAAACUUUGCAGGCAAUUUUGCAGGCUCCCUUGGAGGAACUGGAGGACCUGCAGCUGGGGUCGCCAGAAAAGCCUGUCAGAUAUUUGUGAGAAAUCUGCCUUUUGAUUUUACAUGGAAAAUGCUGAAAGAUAAAUUUAAUGAAUGUGGUCAUGUGCUGUAUGCUGAUAUCAAGAUGGAGAACGGGAAGUCUAAAGGAUGUGGUGUGGUUAGAUUUGAGUCCCCAGAAGUAGCUGAGCGAGCCUGCCGUAUGAUGAAUGGGAUACAGCUUCGUGGGAGGGAGAUUGAUGUGCGAAUUGAUAGAAAUGCUUAAGUAGUUGCCUUUUUAACACUGAUACCAGAUUUUUGAAUUUGUAUUUUUUCUUGUUAACCAUUUUAAUUUGACUGGAUGUAAAGGUGUUAAAACAAUUCAGUUGCUUUCUGGAGUAAUUUUAAUUACUUUUUUAACAAAUGGAUUUCCAUUUUACUGUUUUUUGCAUUGAAACUGCAAUGUGCACAAUCUUUUUUUGUAGUUGUGGCAUCUUGUUGACAUUACAGAUGUAAACAGUAUGACUUUGAUAAUAAAUGCAAGUUAAAGAUUUCA